GUCAUUUGCUCCGUCGAGGUGAACGGUACGUGCCACAUUUGUUUCAACACAUUUCGGAGGAUUUGUCCUUUAAAACAUGACAACUGUGCGCUGAAGUUGUCAAGAAAACUACGUUGCAGCCACUUAGCCUGUUCUCGCCAUGCUGCUGCGGCUACUGUUGCUAUGCCUGGCUUCUGCGUCACUGGGGCUGCCAGACAACUACUUGAUGGUUUAUCCGCAGUCUCCUGUGCUGGAAAUUGGGACAAACUUUACUGCCACAUGUGUGAUCAUCAACACACUUGAAGUCACGUCGGACGACCUCAUCUGGAAUUUGUCAAAAACUACUGUACCAAGAGAGCAGUACAAAAGGAUUAACAGCACUGCACUUAGCGUCACCAUCAGUAUCCAGGGUGAAGAGUAUGAAUGGUUAUACUGCAUCGCAAAAAAGGAGUCUGGCUUUGUGUUCACGAACAAGGCCAAAUUAACUCAUGGAAUCCGUCUUGAGAGAGGAUAUCGUCCAGAGAAGCCAGACAACCUCUCCUGCGUAGCACUUCACAAAGACCAAAAUGUAAUUGAUGACCUCAUUACUUGUAAAUGGAACUCUGUGGGACGACAAACUAAGGGCGUCCGGACAAGUUACAACUUGACUGUUGAUGUUCAAGGAACACUGAUGCACAGUGACUCGACAGAACAAAACUUUGUCCAAGUGCCUCUGAAGCUUUUUCCAAAUCACAUGACGUUGGAUAUCUGGGUAGAUGGACACAAUGCAUUGGGAACCGUGACAUCAGACAUUUUAUCAGAUAAUGCUCCAAAGGUUGAAGUGGACUCUCUGGGUCCAGGUCGGGUCCCACAUCGCAAUUUCAAGUCAAGUCUGAAGUCACUGAUCGGUGCUAUUUGAG